AUGGCCACCAAAACAGCCUUCAUGGCUGUGGUUCUGCUCGUCUUUGUGGCCGGCGAUCUCGCCCAUGGCCACGCCGUGUCAGUGCCACCCCUCAGGCGCGGCCGGAAAGGAGGGCCGCCUAGUGGAGUGCAAUCAUCAGACACUGCUUCUGCUGCCCGCCAAGGCGCCAUUUCUUGGGUGGAUAAAGGUAGAGGACUCUGCGCCAUUGCGUUGAUAAUUUUCUGGUGGUACGACAAAAAGGGUCACAGAAGGAGAAGCAGACAGAGGAGAGCGAACAGAACCGCCGCAUCAUCUUUGGCGAGGAAAGCAGCCGGGAGGAAGGCAAGUUCAUCGCGCCUGUACCUGGAUUCAAGCUCCCGCCCCUUCCCCCGAACGCUCCCUGAUAAGAGAUCACAUCACAGGGCGAGCAUGCAUGCAUGCCAUGGCAUCGACCAUCACUAGGUCUGUCAGCAAAGGUGCCGGAGUGUAUAUUGUUCAUUCAAUAAGCAAGGCAGCAUCGAUCUGCUAGUAUGAUGCCGUCUAUGUUCAGUAAUUGUAAGGCAGCAUCGGCUGUACCCUAUAUGCUGUAAUGGAAUAAAACAGUGAACACUCUGCUUGAUCUAGUUCAA